ACGUUUAACCGCUGUAACGCCACAAAACUGGUUUGUACUUGAAUUUGUGAGAGAAUAAAAACAAAGAAACAAAAUAAAAAAUAAAAACAUGUCAGACUUUUUAAAAACUUUUUUAUUUUUUAUUUUUACCGACCUUCCCGAGCUUUGUAAUGCGAAAGAGCGUAAACGACCAACAACCGCGGACACCUGAGUCUCCGGGAGUUCCUCCUUCCUGAGGAUAUUUAACACUCAUUUAAUUCAGACUGCUGUUGUUCACUGAAGCUGCAGCUCGUUAAACAGCGGAUUGUGUUUGUCACAGAGACUGACGCAGGCUUCAAGGGUCUGGGAGCAGAAAAACACGAAGCAGACCAACAGAGACAGAAAGAGAAGAGUCGGUUGUGGAUUGAAGAAGGGUCUGAAAACACGGGCAGGAGAUGAGCACAGAGGUGAUGCACAGAUGUGAAGUCAGACCUGCGUCUCAGAAAGACGGACGAGAACGUCUCCCGAUCAUUUCCUGGGUUCUGUUGCUCAUUCAGCUCCACCGACUCCGACUGUGACGCAGCAAAAUGGCGUCGACUGUGAAACAUGAAAGAACAGGAAGAGGAUCGUCGUGUUUCAGUCGGGCAGCCAGAAGCAUCAGGGACGCUCUGUCCAGGAUCUGCAGAGUUAAUUCUGCACAACCUGACCCUGACCCUGACCUUGACUAUACUGAUCGUUACCCUUUUAGUGCAUUUAUCAAUGACGCCCGGACAGAGCAGCAUUGUCUUAAUCCUGAACGUUUAUCUCGCCCUAUAGCGAGAAGUUUUAUUUACUAUUCUCCAUACUACUGUGGUAAACCAGUUCAAGAAACUGGUAGAGGAUCUUUCUAUGAUACUGAUGGAUCAUUAUCUUUCUUUGGAAUAGACGCACAUGAAAUGGAUUCUCUAGACUCCUGGCCUCAUGGAGGAUCUGUCUAUGAGACCAGUAAAUUUCUAUCACAAGAGUCCUUCUUGAGACCUGAGUCUCAUGGUUAUUGUAAAAACGAAGUGAUGUCUUACAGUCCAUGUCCACAAUCCAGUCUUGUUGUCUCCCCGGAUGUUACUGUCCACACUGAAGGACAAGAUGCAUUUCAGUCUUUUACUCUGCAGCCUGAAAACACCAGCGACAGUGAAGCCCUGGUGGAAACGGAGGCGUCUGUUGCAGCUGUGAACUACUCAGUCACAAACACCCUGCCAACCUGUUCUCAGCUCCACAUCUCCUCCUCAGAUCCCGGUUUAAGUGGAAGAGACUCCGGCCGUUUGCCUCGUUCUGUCAGCGUUCCCUCACUCAGUCAGAUCAUCUCUGCAGAGAACAGGAAGUUUAGACGAGCUCAAAGUUCACCUGACGUGACGUCACAAACCAGCUACGAGGAGUUUACACCCGAUAUCACCGAGGAAGAAAACGAUGAAAGCUACAGCUUCCAGUGCUCCCGCCCAGGCCUGUACCAGUGCAGAGUGACAGGCCUGCUGUUUCACAUGGAGGGAGAAGGGGACGUGGUUUACAGGAUCGUCCCCUGGGACAGGAGGCAACUGGCUCAGUAUCACAAGAAGCCUGCAGGACCCCUGUUUGACAUCAGAUGUGUCCAGCAGUCUGUGUGUCGGCUUCAUCUCCCACACUGUGAGAUCAGCUCCACAGGAGGAUGCCACUUCCUGUCAGUAGCUCAUGUGAAGGAGGAGAGCAUGGAGUUGAUCACCCCUCAUGAGAUAACAGAAACUCAUGUCAUUAUAAACAUCACUGGGUUUUCUGGUUUCGGUAACGUCAAGGAUGAAGACUCGCCUCCUGUCCCGGUCCGAGCGCUGGUUCUGCUCUUCUACAGGCCCUCACCUGAUCCUGAUGUUGAAUCUGUGAUCAACGUGUUGUUGCUACCGAAAAAUGUCUCUGUGCUGAAAGUGCAGCGCACCAGGAAGAAGUUAGUCGGAGAUGAGAGGUACAUAGAAAAAACCCCACAGUGUAAACUGCAGCCGGAUCAGGUUUACACACUGUCCACUUGUCCUGAAGACGACUCGCUUCGAGUCGAACCGACAGAAUCUGAAUUUGACUGCAACGACUAUGACAACUUCUUCCCAUCAUUCCAGGUGUACUUAAAAAAGAUGAUGAAGACAAUCCAGCUGUUCUUGAAAGAAAGCAAAAGCUCCCACAGUGUGUGGGCGAGAGAAGUUUGUCUUUCGUUGACCACAGGAAAAAGCUCCCAUGGGUCGAGCCAGACGCUGCUGGACAUACGGAGCAGUUUGAUUCAUGCGAUAUCAGAACCUGUUCUCCAGAGUCUGCUGGACAAACUGUUGGAGAUACAGGUGAUCACGGACCCUGAGUGGGAGUCAGUGGACGAGAUGCAGAACAAACGAGACAAAGUUCGUUUUGUCAUCGACACAGUGAGGAAGAAAGGUGAAGCUGCCAGUUCAGAGAUGAUCGAGUUUCUCUGUGAGGCCGACCCCUUCCUCUGUGAACAUCUUGGGUUGCUCUGAAGACAAACCUUGAAUGCAUCACCGGGAUCUUCAUGAUCUUGUGAACCCAUGUCCAUCCCCAUGAAGGGCUGAUUCUUGUUUAAUGAGUGAGACCAGGGCACACGCAGAGAAGAGUAGCUGUAAGUUUGUAUUAGUAAAGCAACUCAACUGAAUGAGUUUUGUGCCGUCUCUUUAAAUAUAGUAUAUUUUAUUUUCAUAUCACAGGAAAGGAGAUAAUGGCGUCCCACAAUUCCUUGCAGCAGGAAUAUUUAAAGCAGCGCAUCAUUGUUGUUUCACCACGGCAGAUCCACGUAAAUGUAGAAAAAAAAA